UACCUCAACGUUCGUAUCGAAGUGCCAGAACAACAACUCGUGUUCCUCUACCGUCUCGUCUUGCACCUCUCACUCCACACAGUCGAGCUAUUCAUGAAGGACAUGGACAAAUUGUGACUGAUUACCCACCAUCAUCUCUACUAUUACAACAACAACAACAGCAACAACAAUAUUUGCAACUACAACAACAUUUACAACAACAGCAACAUCCACAACAACAGCAGCAGCAGCAAAGACAACCAUCACCUAUUUCGUUGACCUAUCCUUCUUUAUCACAUCUACCUACGUUAGUGCCAAUACAAUCUGGGUCUUAUCUUGUCCAGUCUAGACGUCUGCCGUCACUCAAUCUCACUGGACAUCAUCAAAUGAGGAUGGCAUCUCUUCAGUCUACAGAAGUUGUCAAUGAGUCCGUGUCUGCAUCUGAUGCUCAACAAACUUCUAGCUCUGCAAGUGGACACAGAAUCAUGACAGGAGUGCUAGAACAGAGGGAAUCAUUAAAUGUUGAUGGUAAUGGGAGAAAUCAGUUUGGGGCAAAUACUCUUGGACAACUGCUUGGUGUUGGCCCUCGUCUGAGUGAUCCUGCUGUGAUGGCUGCUCUGAGUCUGGACUCGGACGAUCCUCUACGGUUUGCCAGCUCAGAACCAAUACAUGAAGUUGCUCUAAAAGGAAACAUUCCGGAGCUGAAACGACAGAUAGCUGAGUUGGGACCUGACGUGGCAGAUCAUGGUCUUCGUACACCACUCAUGUAUGCUGUUUUAGGUAACCAGAAAAAGGCAUGCCAGGUCUUGUUGAAGGCUGGUGCUCGAGUUAAUAACGUUGAUUCUUACGGCAUGACAGCACUACUGUGGGCAUCUCAUCUUGACAGACCAGACACUGUUUCAACUCUUCUAAGUCGUGGAGCUGACAUGAACGUUUGUGAUCCGAACGGUCGUACUGUGUUUCAUUGGUGUUCAGCCUCAAGUGGAACAAAGUGUCUUCGCUUAUUGAUUUCCAAGGCUGCCAAGGCAAUAGUGGAUAAACAGGAUAAGAAUCGACUUACUGCAUUACACUGGGCUGUCAUGUGCCAACAUCCUUCUCACAUUCGGAUUUUGAUCAGCGAAGGCCACAGCAAAGUUGACAUCCAAGACAGCGAUGGUCGAACUCCUCUUAACUAUGCUGUGCUCAACUACGCAUCCAACUGCAUCAAAGCUAUUAUGGAGUGUGAAGAAGCGGCUGUUGCAAUGAAAGACAACAAAGGUCGUACAGCAAUGCACUAUGCGUGUGGCGAGGGAAACAUGGAGUGCAUUAGAGCAUUGGCAUCGUGUCCGAGUUGUGAUAUCAACUGCAGUGACAACAGGUCGACGACACCUUUACAUUGGGCUGCGGCUGGAAAUCAGCCUGAAGUGAUACGAUUCUUGUUGAGAAGAAAGGCGGAUAAGGGAAUGACGGACGGCAAUGGAAUGACGGCUCUUGAACAUGCACAGACUCGCAAGCACAGCAGCUGUAUUGAGGUACUGGAGAAGUACAAUCCAAUGGAGAGUCCUUCACUGACGUCUUUAUAUCAACCUCAUAGACCAACUCGACAGCAAUCCACGACGUCGUUAGGAGCGACACUAAGGACAAAGUUUAUAGUGCCACUGCGCUCUCGUUUCUCGGUGUCUUCAUUACAAGUCGUGGCAGCUGGCAGCGACAGCAGUAGUACGGCCGAGUUGGGAGUGAGAGAGGAGGGUGAUGGCAGUCAAGGCGACCAUGCGAAAGAGACAGUGGAACCGACACAGAAUUUGAAUACUGAAGACAAAGUGAAGGAUGAGAACUCUCAGAGUGGGCAUCAGACGUCAGUCAGUAUGGAAGUACGAAAAGCAAAACAAAGAACUAGGAGAAGACGUUUGAUGCCCUGGUUGUGCAGCUCAGGAUGUGUGACUGCAGUUCACCCCUUCCCACCUCAACACCCCAACACUCACAGAGUAACACCACCUCCAGACACGACUCCACCAACAACAGACUCACAAACACUCAACAACCACUGACAAUGCGGUAACCUAUAAAUAUUAUUUCUGUUCUGCCCAUUUUUAUGAAUGUUUGUAUCAAUAUUUCGUAUUAUUCACAGAUGCAGUAUUUUGUAUGUUUUAUUGAACAAUUUAUUUCAUCUUUUGCAUUUAAUACUACUAAUAAUGCUCUGCA